AUGCGCUUCUUGAAUACGGAAACCGGGGAGUUCGUCGAGCGACCCCCCGAGACGACAAGAUAUGCCAUCUUGUCGCAUACGUGGAAUGAGGAAGGCGAACAGACGUUUACGGGGCUGAGGGAGAUCCAGACGCGCUACAAUAGGCGUGUCCGAGAGGCAUGUAGGGUAGCGCGCGAGGCUGGAUACGAUUACCUCUGGAUCGACUCGAGCUGCAUCGACAAGUCGAGCAGCUCCGAGCUGUCGGAGGCAAUCAAUUCGAUGUACGAGUGGUACGGUCGCUCCACGCUGUGCUAUGCAUAUCUCGCCGAUGUUCCUUCUGACGAGGAUCCUCGUGCAAAAAACUCCGCCUUCCGUAAGAGCCGAUGGUACAAACGCGGGUGGACACUCCAGGAGCUCGUCGCACCGCGUAGGGUGACGUUCCUCUCCACCGACUGGGUAUUCAUUGGAACAAAGCACAUGCUCGUUGAUGUCAUCGAGGACAUCACUGGGAUUGCGGAUGAGGCGCUAUUGCACCUCAAGUCGCUCGACGAAUUCAGUGUGGCCCAGCGACUGUCGUGGGCUGCCCAGCGGGAGACGACGAGAGUUGAGGACCACGCGUACUCGCUUCUCGGGAUCUUUGACAUCAAUAUGACCACGCUGUAUGGCGAGGGUCUACGCUCUUUCCGCCGGCUGCAAGAGGAGAUUAUGCGGAGAGUACCGGACCAGAGCAUCUUUGCAUGG